AUGGCUCUCCUCCCUGGCCCUAGUGAAGCUGUGACCGGCAAAGUCACACAUGCCGGAUAUCGAAAUCUCCCACCAGAUGAGCUAGUUGAUCUCGCAAUUGAGAGUCACAUUGCCCGUAUAGUCAAAAGUUCUCUGGUUGGUGGGGAUGAAUCAUUCUUCAUCGCCGAUCUGGGCCAGAUAAUUCGACAGCAUGGUCGUUGGACCCAGAAUAUGCCAGGUAUACGACCGUAUUAUGCCGUUAAAUGCAAUUGUGACCCAAGCUUCCUCAAAAUUCUUGCAGAAUUAGGGACAGGGUUUGACUGCGCUUCCAUUGAAGAGAUGCGCGCAGUUCUCAGCCUCGGCGUGGAUCCAGCCCGGAUUCUGUUCGCCAAUCCUUGCAAAGCACCCGCCGCCGUAGCUUUCGCACGCGAGGUAGGCAUCUUGCGAACGACAUUCGACAAUAUCGACGAAUUGGAUACCAUCAAGGCACACAUGCCAGAAGCUCAGCUGCUACUUCGGAUCUAUGCCAAUGACGAGAGUGCUUUCAUUUGUCUGGGCGAAAAGUUUGGAGCGCAGUUGGAUACGACUGAGGAGUUACUUUCAAGAGCUUGGGAGCUUGGACUGAAUGUAAUUGGUGUCAGCUUUCAUGUUGGAACUGUAGGGACGGGUGCUACCAACCCAGCAUCAUUUUGCAAGGCCAUCAAAGAUGCACGUCUGGCGUUUUCACAAGCUGAACGUCUAGGUUUCCACCCCAAGAUUCUCGAUAUCGGCGGCGGCUUUCAAGACGAUUGUUUUGAGUCUAUGGCUCCCAUUAUUCGAGACGCGAUUCGGUCGGAGUUUCCAGCUGGUAUCACAACGAUCGCAGAACCAGGUCGGUUUUUUGCUCGUAGUGUGUAUACUCUUGUAUGUCGAGUGAUUUCGCGUCGUCGUCAGCUUGGGAGUGCUGCUCUAUCGGGUGUUCCAGACAUGCUUUAUCAAAACGAUGGCGUAUACGGGAAUUUCAUGAAUGUGAUUAUGGAGAAAGAGAUCAUGGUUCCUUAUUUGCUCAAGAGUAACAAGGCCAGGAGUCUAUUGCACAAACCAAAAUCAGGGGAUGGUUUGCAAGUAACAGAACAUCAUCGGUACUCGAUCUGGGGACCUACAUGUGACAGCACCGAUUGUGUUGUGCGCGAGGUGACGCUUGAUUCAGAAGUCAAGGUUGGAGAUUGGCUCAAAUAUAAAAACAUGGGAGCAUAUACAAGUACCACUGCUACUCAGUUCAAUGGCUUCAGAAGCACCCAUGACACAUUGUAUGUCAACAGUGAAACGUUGCUCGACUAUUAG